CAAGAAAUAGCGCAAGUAAUGCAGUAUGACAUACAAGGCGAGCGGAUUAUUUUCGCUCAUCCAAAUAAAUUGCCGUCUCAUAUCGAAUACUCUAGAAAAGUUGGUGUCGAACAGAUGACGGUUGACAACGAACUUGAGUUGACGAAAAUUAAGGAAUUAUUCCCAGAAGCAAAGAUAGUGAUACGCAUACGAUGCGACUCGAAAAACUCGCCGGUGUUGUUGGGAGCGAAAUUCGGUUGCGAUCCAUGUGAGGAGGCUGUGUAUUUGAUACAACGCGCGCGAGAUCUCGGCUUAAACUUAUACGGCUUUAGCUUUCACGUUGGUACUCCAUGUUUGGAGAUGAACGCUUACCUCAGAGGCAUCGAAACAUGCAAACAGUUAAUUGCAGUUGCUAAAUCAAUCGGAUGCAACAAUGUAAAGUUGAUUGACAUCGGCGGUGGAUUCUUGAGCAUCUGCGGAGAGGAACUUGACGAG